GCAAUUCGCGAUUGCGCGCGCGCGGAGUCUGGCCCAGGGUGCAGCUUCUGGGCCGCGCUCUCCUGGGUGAGCAGCCGAGCACGCUUGCUCUGGCCGCCCCGCGCCUCCCGGCCCAGGUCUCGGGUCUUUUCCGUAGCUCUCCCUGGCCCCUGCCUCAGCGAGGGAGCUGAAGGCAGAGACGGCGAGACUGGCCAGGGAGAGAAAGGCGAGCGCGCGUGGGCUCGGGGAACGACGCGAUGUCCACCGGCUCAGUGAGCGACCCAGAGGAGAUGGAGCUGCGGGUGCUGCAGCGGGGGUACCCAGUUCCCGCCUCCACCGGGCCGCCCCUCCACGCCGCCGAGCGCAGCUACGCAUCUCCCAGUGACAACUCGUCUGCGGAGGAGGAGGACCCCGACUGCGAGGAGGAGCGCUGCACGCUGGGCGCGGCCGAGGGCCCAGGAGGCUGCAAGAGGAAGCGGCCCCGUGUGGCUGGGGGCGGCGGCGCAGGCGGCGGCAGCGGCGGCGCCCACGGCAGCGGCGGCAAGAAGCCUCUCCAGCCCAAGGGCUCGGCCGCCGAGUGCAAGCAAUCGCAGAGGAACGCGGCCAACGCCCGCGAGCGCGCCCGGAUGCGCGUGCUGAGCAAAGCCUUCUCCAGGCUGAAGACCAGCUUGCCCUGGGUGCCCCCGGACACCAAGCUUUCGAAGCUAGACACGCUCCGGCUGGCGUCCAGUUACAUCGCGCACCUGCGCCAGCUGUUGCAAGAGGACCGCUAUGAGAACGGCUACGUGCACCCGGUGAACCUGACAUGGCCGUUCGUGGUCUCAGGGCGACCCGACAAUGACACCAAAGAAGUUUCUGCAGCCAACAGACUAUGUGGAACAACCGCUUAGAUGGGACCAGAACUCACGGAUGGGAUUAUUCGUUAAAUGCGUGUGUUUGGGGGCCACGGAGAGAAGGGAGAGAGCACGAGAACCCCGGAGGAUGGGAAGAAAUUCUUUGGGAGUAACGAGGUUCCACUGGAUUCUCCCUGACCCCCCGCCCCCACCUUUCCCUGGGACUGUGAACACGAGAGGUGGCGGGCGCGGGCGUUCGGAGUGCGGGGGCCCCGGGGCGUGAAGGCAGUCCUUGCAGAGCGCGGACGGCCUCUGCUGCCGCCGAUCUGGGCGACCACGCUUUCUCUCUCUGGAAAGAGCCUCCUUCAGUCCUGAGAGCGCGGACCCAGACUCCAACCUCGGGUUUUAGCUGCGUGAACUAAGUCUCGCACUGGAGCCUGAGCCCGGCCCAAAGGGAUCAGUUGGUUCCAAGCUGAGCCAGUAAACAGUAUGUGAUGGCGCGAGUCCGCCCGGGCCAGGCCUUUCACGUCAGACCCUGGUUAGAGCGCUAUUUCGAUUGGCUUUAAAGACGGAAGCCUUGACUCGAGAGUCGCGUCGGGCUUGUCUUUAAGUUGUAAAGAGAGGAGCGUGGCAUAUCUGGGCCAGGCGGUGUCCUACCCAGCAGCUCCCUCCCAGCGAGCGGGACAGUCCGCCCCACACCUAGUGGAUGGAGACACGCUUUCCGAGAGCGCCGAGCCUCCUUUUGCUGAGGCUGCGUUCUGGCGCCCGGCGAGGAGCGCUUCUUCGGCGCGCUGGGCUUCCGCGCGGUGGUCGGGUCCCCCAAUCCUCGCAGGCCUCUACCCCCGAGCUCUGGCCUCUUCUCACCCAGGCUUCUGUUUAGCCCCAUCUUCUUCUAGAAUCGAGCCACUCUUCCUCCUUCCCCAGCCCUCAGCAGGCUCCAGUCUCCUCCCCAGGACUGAGCCUCCCUGCACUCUUCCCCUCUGGCUCCAUCCGUUCUCGAUCACCCCGAAGGCUUCGGAUUUCCCUCAUUACACCUCCCCUUCAAUCUUUAACCCCUGCCCCCAAGCGCUCACCUGCAGGCACCCCUGUUCUCGUCUGCGCGAAGGAGCGCUCCGGGUGGGCCACUGGGGCGAUCGGUGCCACCUGGGGCGGUUCGGUGCCACGUCACCCUGCUCUAGGGGAAUGCGCCUUCGUCCCGAAGCUGCACUACCACAGUAAUUAGUAAAUGUAAAUAAAUUUAUUUUUUUAUGAAUAAUAAAACUCAUUGUGAAAAUUUUGUGCCCCUGCGGGCUUCAGAAUGUGAUCUUUGCUGCCAAUUACUGAGAGGGUUUUGUCAAAAAGUGAACUUUAAAGGUGUGAGUCUUGGCUCUGGACAGGGCCUCGGGUCAUUGUCGCGCGGAUGAGGAUUUUCUGCAGGUGGAAUGGCGGUGACCACAUUUGGAUCACUGCGUUUCCAAUUUUAAUCAUUAAUCUCUCUGAUCCUGACCCUUUUUCUCCAGCCGGGGUUCUGGGAAGGCAAGAACUGGGGACUCAUGCCCUAAGAGCCUUUGGGGCCAGGGCUACGUUGAGAGACACACACCCCUUAAACUAAUACAGGUGCACACCUCUCACAAACGCACACACUGAAAGCUUCCUUCAGCCUAAAGCACACGCCAAUGCUUAAAAUUGCAAGUAGUUCACGAAUCCCCUAAAGCCAACCCACCAGAGUCCCACCUCAGGUUUAUCUGGCAGAAUAAAAACAAGAAGAGACACCAAUUUGUGUUUCAGUAGAGUUUUUCCUUUUUCAAGUUACGUUUAUAUACCGUUUUUAACUGUGCACCACAUCAUUUCCAUGUUAGUUCUUCCAUUUUCAUUGCGAUUUUUGCAAGAGUUAAUAACUUGGAAAACCCAGAACAACUUUGAAAACGCGGGUCUAUUUUAAAGCAACAUUCUCUUUGUAGGCGGAGUCCUGGUGGCGCAGCGGUAAGAAGCUUCGGCGGCUAACCAAAAGGUCAGCAGCUGCAAUCCACCGGGCGCUCCUUGUAAACCCUAUGGGUCAGCUCUACUCUGAGUCAGAAUGCACUCGACGGUUUUUCUUCCGAUCUCUUUAAAGAAUAUUUAGAAAAUUCAGAAAAGUUCGAAGAAUAAAACCACCUAAAGAACUUUCCGAUUUGAGAUUGUAUCCGUAUUUUAUAAAAGUGAAAAGCAGUUUUCUUGACCAGAGAGAAAACACAGUUGGAUUUUAGUUAGGAGGGGAAAACGGAGGUGGGGGAACAAAACAUCUCAUUUGAACCAAGCCAACCCCAAACUCCAGAGAAUUGCUUUUUGAGCCUAUAUUCUCGGCUUUUGCCUAACCCUGAGGAGGUAUCCUGCCUUUGGAAUUCAGUCUUCAGCGGCUUGACACCCGGUUGGGCUCUGGGUUUACGUGAGUCGGUCCCUGCGGCAACAGAGGCUUUGCGGUAAGAGAGAGCAGGGUGGAUAACUAUAACAGGAAAUUCUAGUCUGCUCAAAGACACUUUGCCUGUAUGUUCCGGGUUGUGGGCUUUGGGGAUAGGGUGGGGUGUCUUGCUAGAGGUCAGAUCUGAUCAAAAGCCGUUUCCAAAGCUUCCAGCAAGAAAACGACGCUGCGCAGUAAUUGGUCAAGACCAACCUGAAUGUCCAAGAAACCCACCUGGAAACUCAAGCUCUGCCACCAACUAUCCUUCACGUGCAAAUUGCUUAGCCCGUCUAAGCCUGUUUCCUCCUCUAUAAAAUGGGGGUAAUAAUAGUGCUGAUCUGGGUUAAGGAUAUUAAUUAACCCUCCUAAUAUAUAUAUAUAUUUUUUUUAAUAUAUAGUGAGAGUUCUGGUGGACAGAGCUCAGCUGGUAUCCAAAAGGUCGGCAUUUAGAAUCCAUUAGCUGCUCCUUGAAAACCCUAUGGGGCAGUUCUGCUCUGGCUUAGAGAGUCACUAUGAGUCGGAAUCAACUCGAUGGCAACGGGUUUGGUUGGGGUUUAAUGUGUAGUGAGAGGCACACUAAAUACUGGCAGGCUACCAGAGGAAACCCAGAGGCCAGAGGAUGGGCUCUGGCAAAAUGAAGACAUGUCAAACAGGUGGAACAUUUCAGGAAUCCAGUCUUUAAGGUUUGGUCCGGUUUUUAGAUUGGAUCACAACUGUAAAAGAGAAAUGUCCCACAAAAGCUGAAAAACAGAGAAAGUGUAACUAUCUAUAUGUGUCGUGAAAAACAGAGAACAAGUAUUUGAAUAAACAGGGAAAUAUUUAAGCAAAUACUCGCAAGUAAAGGAUAUUUUUAAAAUAUUUGUUUUUAUAAUUAUAUUCUUUCAAGGUAGUUUAGGGAUGAACUCAUAAAUCUCUUGCCCCUGUCCCCUUGUCCAUUA